AUCUCUGCGGGGUUGAAGGAGGUGUGUGUGUGUGUGUGUGUUUAUUUGUCUCGUGAGAAUCUGCUUGACUGAUGAGAACUGGAGCUUUAAAAAAAUACUCAGACACUUUCUGGCCUCAAGGUUUUAGUUGACUCUUCUUCCUCACAACAGUUUCAGUCUUAUUCUAUAAUAGUUCGACGAGCCACAUGUUUCUGUACUGCUGACGUCAUGGUUCAGCUGCAGGCAGUGGUGUAGUGGUCCCUGGAGAAGUGGGUAUACUCUUAAUUUUGCACUUUUGUUAAGUAGCCCAUACAGUAGGGCUCUUCAAUUAGUUUGGAGCUGGGGCCGGUUCUUGAAAUUGAGGCAAAGUCAGGGGCCGGAGGAUAUGUGUAAUCACAGCCAGGGUUUUUCCUGGGUCAAAAAAUUGUUUUUACUGGAGCACACUCCGGGGGCCAGUCCAAAGCAGCUCGGGGACCAGAUUCGGCCCGCGGGCCGCCUAUUGAAGAGCCCUGCUACAGCAAAGGAUACACGCCCUGUUUUAUAAAUAAUGCGCACCAGGCACCAGCGGUGAUUGAGAAGUGGGUAUACGCAAUGCUGACUGAAAAAUAAGUGGGUAUACGCCGUAUACCUGCGUAUAACCUGGACUACACCACUGGCUGCAGGGGGCGUUCAGGGUCAACGGCACCUGGGCUGGUUAAUAAAUGACAAAGCCCUGAGAGACCUCCAAACCCAACAUCCUGGAAGGAUCUCAAUAAUCAAACUAGACAUGUCUGACGAGGACAGCAUCUCUGCUGCCGUCCAGGCGGUGAGCCGGCAGAUCGACGCCGGUGGGCUGAACCUCCUCAUCAACAACGCCGCCAUCAACCAGCCGGCCGCACCGGCGCUGCUCGCCGCCACCGGGAAGAAGGACAUGAUGGACGUGUACGAAACCAACGUGGUCGGCCCGUUUCUCCUUGCCAAGAUGUUCCUUCCACUCCUCAAGAGGGCAGCAGAGAUGGGCUCCCCUGAAGAGGACUCUGUUGUGUCAUUAUCUUCCGUUUGCCAUAACGCACACGUCUGUCUCAGAGAAAGAGACGAUGUCCUGCAGGAGGUCGGCCAUCAUCAACCUCUCGUCGACCUUCUCGUCCAUGCACAAAUGCCCAGAGACCUUUGCUCGCGCUCCGAUGUACCCGUACAGGGCCAGCAAGGCAGCACUGAACAUGGUGACGCGCUGUCAAUCAGAAGACUUCAAGAAGCACAACAUCUUGGUGACGGCCAUCCACCCGGGCUGGGUCCGCACGCGGAUGGGAGGAGCCCAGGGCGUCCUCUCCACCGAGGACAGCGUGCUCGCCAUGCUGGACGUCAUGACGUCGCUCGGCAACAAGGACGCCGGGAUGCUCGUGGACUGGCAGGGCAACACCAUCCCCUGGUAGUGGUCCAGCCGGGCCCACCAGACCCGGACCACGAGGACCUGCACCGGGGGGCGGGACCCUUUUGUCUGAGGAAAUGUGACUGCAAAAAUACAAUAAAAAUAACUCAUUUUGAAAGGAAUAUGUUCUUAAAAUCCUCUCGUUUCAUUCUUUUGUUAUUAGGAGAACUUUAAACUUAUCACAUUAAAGGUUAUAAACAUGUUAUUA